CGCCGCGGGCCGGCAUGGGGCUGCUGUCGCAGGGCUCGCCGCUGAGCUGGGAGGAGACGCGGCGGCACGCGGAGCACGUGCGGAAGCACGGCAUCCUCCAGUUCCUCCACAUCUACCGCGCCCUCCGCGAUCGCCACAAGGACGUCCUCAAGUGGGGCGACGAGGUGGAAUAUAUGUUAGUAAAAUUUGACCAUGAGAAUAAGAAAGUGCGCUUGGUGCUCUGCGGUGAAGAAGUUCUUCAAACACUGCAAGACAAGGGGGAGAAGGUAAACCCCAACCACCCAACACUCUGGCGACCAGAAUAUGGAAGCUACAUGAUAGAAGGGACGCCUGGGCAGCCGUAUGGGGGAACCAUGUCUGAAUUCAACACCGUGCAAGACAACAUGAGAAAAAGACGGCAAGAGGCAGCUUCUGUCCUCAAAGAAAAUGAGGCUGUUUGUACUGUGACGUCAUUUCCAAGGUUAGGGUGUCCUGGGUUUACGCUGCCGGAAUAUAAGCCAACGCCAGUAGAAGGAGGAGCUUCAAAAUCACUUUUUUUUCCAGAUGAAGCCAUCAAUAAACAUCCUAGAUUUAGUACACUGACCAGAAACAUUCGGCACCGAAGAGGAGAGAAGGUUGUGAUAAAUGUACCAAUAUUUAAAGAUAAGAACACGCCAUCACCGUUUAUCGAAACGUUUCCCAAUGAUGAUGGAGAAGCAGCAAAGGCGGCUAAGCCAGACUAUAUAUACAUGGAUGCUAUGGGGUUUGGAAUGGGAAACUGCUGUCUUCAGGUAACAUUCCAGGCUUGCAGCAUUUCCGAAGCGAGGUAUCUCUAUGAUCAGCUAGCCACGAUCUGUCCCAUUGUGAUGGCAUUGAGCGCUGCAUCUCCGUUCUACAGAGGCUACGUGUCUGAUAUUGACUGUCGUUGGGGAGUGAUCUCUGCAUCUGUAGAUGAUCGAACGCGAGAAGAGAGGGGGCUAGAGCCACUGAAGAACAACCAUUAUAGAAUCAGUAAAUCCAGAUAUGAUUCCAUAGACAGUUAUCUAUCUGAAUGUGGUGAGAAAUACAAUGACAUUGAUUUGACAAUAGACAAAGAUAUCUACGAGCACCUAAUAAAGGAAGGUAUUGACCACCUUUUGGCACAGCAUAUUGCACACUUGUUCAUUCGAGACCCAUUGACUUUGUUUGAGGAGAAAAUACAUCUAGAUGAUGCAAAUGAAUCCGACCAUUUUGAGAAUAUUCAGUCUACAAACUGGCAGACAAUGAGGUUUAAGCCACCACCUCCAAAUUCAGAUAUUGGAUGGAGAGUGGAAUUCAGACCUAUGGAGGUCCAGUUAACAGACUUUGAAAACUCUGCAUAUGUUGUGUUCGUGGUACUGCUAACCAGAGUGAUUCUGUCAUAUAAACUGGAUUUUCUCAUUCCUUUGUCCAAGGUGGAUGAAAACAUGAAGAUGGCCCAGAAAAGAGAUGCUGUCCGGCAGGGAAUGUUUUACUUCAGAAAAGAUAUUUGCAAAGGUGGAAACACUGUUGUGGAUGGAUGUGGCUCUGCACAGAAUGGGACAGGCACCGACGCGGAAGAGUACACCUUAAUGAGUAUUGAUACAAUUAUCAAUGGGAAGGAAGGAGUCUUUCCUGGUUUGAUCCCAAUUUUGAAUUCCUAUCUUGAAAACAUGGAAGUGGAUGUGGACACAAGGUGCACCAUCCUAAACUACCUGAAGCUAAUAAAAAAGAGAGCAUCUGGAGAAUUAAUGACAGUUGCUCGGUGGAUGAGGGAAUUUAUCGCACAGCAUCCAGACUACAAGCAAGAUAGCGUGAUAACUGAUGAAAUGAAUUAUAGCCUUAUUUGGAAAUGCAACCAAAUCGCACAAGGCCAGGCAGAGUGUCCUGAACUGUUGGGGGUAGGAUUUAACAAGAAACAAAGUGGAAACAAAACUGGCUCUUUGGAAUGAAUGAAUGAAUGUUUCUUAAAUAGUAGAAAGUCAAAGCCUUUUAGCAAAGCACUAGCAAAGAUACUGUGAAUCUGGUACAGUUUCAUGGUGUGAAGACCAAAACAGGGAUACUGCACUAUAAAAUGGGCCAAUCUGCCUAAAUAUUCAUUUAAGGCAUCCUCAAAUGGGCAUAUUCUUAUUGUUAAGGUUUAUACAAUGUACAUGUAAAUAGUAAAAUAUUUUUAUGAUUAACAUCAAUGUAUUUUAAUAACAUUGUAUCUAAAGUUAUUGUGAAUUAGCUUGUAACUUUUUUAUGCUUAUUCUAGAAAGAAAAAUCGUCCUGAACAGCUUUGUAAAUGUAAUGGUACUUGUAUAUUAUAUGCAUUCCAGUUACUGAAUGUUGCUGUAAUUUUUUUAACCUGGAAUGUGCUAAGUAAUCUACCUUAUUGUAUAAGAAAAAAAAAAAAAUCUUCUGGACCUACCUGAACCACAGAUACUUCUUCCUCCCAUUUGGGUUUUGAAAGUAUAUAUGAACAGACAAAUGCAUGUGCAUCCUAUUUGUUAAUCUUUACAGCAGUUUCUCAGUUUCCACAAGACCUGCAUCCACUCAUAAACUGUAAAACUUAGAGGAACAGAUCUGUCUUUAUUCAGAUAACUUGCCUGUCUCCUGAUAACUUUAGCCUUAGGAAAGAGCUGCCGUAUUCAUAUGUAAGCUGCAUUUCCUGCAAAAAAAAAAAAAAAAAGGAUUAAGAUGCAUCUUCUCCCAGAUGCAUCAUUAUUUUUUCGCCUCUGCAAUAAAUUUGUAUGCUAUUGCGGUUCAGAAACUUGAUCAGUGAUUUAACAGAAAAGCAGUAAUGGGGGAGAGGUGGUGAAAGAGAGGAGGGUUUGAGAGCUGAACAUAAAGCUGUCUUUACGAAGGACCAGAGAGAAUUGGUUGGGACCGUGGCACUCCUUAACUGCUGUUUCUCCCACGUUGCUGCUCUUCCCACAGUUGACAAUGACUGCAGCACAAAAUCGAGGACCUGUCUAUUCUUCCUAAAGGCUGAGUUUCUCAUUUGUCAUUUUUUAUUAUAAAUAUUUUUGGCAGCAUGUUUAUUUCCAUAAGGUAUUUUAUGUAGAUAGCUGAAGUACCUACAUAGCUGUAGGUAUGGGCAGCCUAAUCCCCUCUAGAAAAUAAUUAUAAAGAAAUCAUGGAAUGCACUAAUCCUUUGAAUUGGGAGCCAGUGCUGGGAGCGACUGUAAAGUAUUUAAAAUCUAGCCAUUUCAACUGUAAAUAAAGCAAACUUAAGGGGCCUUUUUGAUUUAGCUUCUUAACUGACUUCUAGAAGUGAAUUGCAUUAUGGGUAGAUUAUGCAAAGCUUCAUGCAAGCAUAUAUAAAUACCUAAGAUGUAAUGAUUUUUUUAAAAAGAACUAAUGGAGAAGCUGCAAUGAAGAGGUGCACUAAGAAAAAGCUUUCAUGUACUGACAUUAGACUUUGUUCUGUGUUCACAGGUGUGCUUUAGAGAAUAAAAAGAAUGCUUUUUUUUUCUGCAGUGGUGAAUUUGUUUUAAUCAAGAUGUAGGCAUAUGCCAAUUUAGUUUCUGUGAGAAGGAAAUAAAAAUAAAAUUUGCAGUA